AUGCCUCAAGAAGACUUACAAGCCCAAGUUGCUUUUGCUGAAAUCAAUAAACGUGCUCAAGCACAGCCAACUCUCGUGAAAAAAGUUGGUGCUGUUAUUGUUUUCGACAUCACAAAAGGUGGAAACGUACAACAGAGCUGGACUAUCGAUGGUAAACAAGGAACCAUCUAUGAAGGUAAACCAAAAGAAGGUGCCACUGCUCAAGUGACAAUUACCGUCGACGAUGAUGAUUUCAUUCAGUUAGCAACAGGUCAAGCUAAUGCACCGGCUCUUUUUGCAAAAGGCAAACUCAAAAACAAUCGAAAUUAUAAACAAACGAAGAAAAAGUCACCUGUGAUUCUUUUUACUCGAUGUUCAUUGACGAGGGUAACAGACAAGUUGCAAUUGAAGAUUGACAGAACGGAUCAUCGAAAUCAAUGGUCUUGGCGAAGUUGUUUCGCCGCUUUUAAACAUAAUAAAAAGUCGAAGAAACACAAUCGAACUCAAUCGGCAAAUUUACAAAAAAACGGGCAUACACAAACAAAACAAUUGUCAACUGUAAACGAAAAUUCCAAUCUAUCGUGCGUAUCAUCAAACAUAAACUUGACGGAUGAAUCAGUUGAUCAAUUUACGGCACCGAGUUCGUGUAUUGUCAAAGUUGAUUCGAAUGAAAAGCAAUCAGUCGAUGAAGACAGCAUUCAACAAAUCGAUAUGAAUUCACCAUUGAUGAAUCAAACUUCGCUAUUAUCAAUACGACCAGUACAAUUAGAUGCGAUUGUUGAAGACUCAAAUGAAGAAAAUUCCGAUGGUCACGAGGAAAUUAUUUCGGCAAAACAAUUAUGUUGCGAUCGGGAUAUUAUCACUGAUGCCAACACACUUUAUUCUCGUUUGUUCGACUUGAGUCAAAUGAAUCAUGUCAAAACUCAGUUCAGAGAAAAUGGCAAUUUACUCGGUGAAUUCUCUCAGCAAUUGGAAAAAUUAAAAGUGAAAACUAAUGACAUCGUGCGAGCGAGUGCUCAAAUGCCACGCGAUGCUGAAUUGCUCGAAGCACGAUAUUCAUCGCUAGUGGCCACGAUCGAAAGUCUUUCAAUCUUACUACGAAUUGCUCAAAUACCUGCUUGCCGUGCAUUAGUGAAUCGUUUGUUUUUCUCGAUUGAACAACGUACGGAACAACUUAAAAAACUUGUUGAACUUACAUUCAUGUCGUUAUAUAACAUCAAACAACGUUCAGAUUCUUGCGAUGAUGAUUUGUCAUCAUUUAGAAGCGCUCUGUCGUCAUACGAACAUCUUUUAACAACAUUCUCAUAA